UUCUGGUCAUUCCUGUACUUCAUUGGGUUCUGUUACUUGACUAACCAGUGGAGCAAUGCUGAGACACCUCCAUUUGGUGUCAACAACGUGCAAGCAGCCAUUGCCUUCAGCUUCUUUUCAAUCUUCCCUUGGGCAGGUGCUGCUUACCUGGCAUUCUUGAGGUACAGGCAGGGAGCAGACCAAGCCUUUGCCCCAAGUUAUGAGGCCGAUCCUACCAACAUGGGAGGAUACAAUAGUUACCCAGAUGCCACAGAUCCUGAUGGAGGGUAUUCUCAGCCUCCAUUUGCUGGGCAGCCAGCCCAACCUCAGUCAGGUAUGCAGCAGGCACCGCCCUAUUAGACUGCGGAUACGAGGCUCAGCUAGUCAGUUACUUUACUAGUCGGCACCACUCAGCUGGAUAGCACUAACACUUCUGCUGCCACUAGCCACCAAGUAUUGCCUGAUAUUUGCCAGCUUUUCCUGGUGGCCAGGCCAUCUAGGAAGUGUCACUAGUCAGGGGAGGACACAGCCCUUGCACAGUGUUAUGUUAAGCUGAGAUUGUAGAAGAACUAGAAACAUUAUUUUACCAAAGGUGAGGCUUGGGUAUGAGAACAAAUGUUAUGUUGACUCAAGAACUCGCCUUGCUCAUCUUAGCGCAACUUUCAGAGGAUCUCUUAAUAACAUGAACCUUUGAAGCUAAGCUCUUGUUCUGUUACUGAGGUGUUAACUCUUAAGAAGAUAUUUUGGUAAUUUUAGCUUUACCAGUUUAGUUAAAUUUAACACUUUGGAAGGAUCUACAUUUAACAUGCAAUGUAGCAACCCAAAAGGUGUAAAUGUAUUUCACAUGAAAGACAGGCUUUAUUAAAGUGUAUUUUUACUUCACGGUAACAACAAGUUGCAUACAGAUGUGGUAGUGUGUAGCAGUGUUAUUUCCUCAGUAGAUAUUCCUAUUAGCACUACUAUGGUACGUCAGUACAGUAUGGUGUGCUUUGGUAAUUUAGUGCUUUGUUGAUGAACUUUUAUCUUGGUCAGAAAUUUGAUUUAUAUUUUGUGCAUUUUGUAAAAUAAGCUUUUGUUGUUGCUAUCAAUUAAUUUUGAAUAAUUUGGGUUAUAACGUACAAUAUACAUAAUUUAUAAUUGUAAAAAGUUUUUCUAUUCUAUUCUAAUAGUUUUAUGUUUACAUUGAUCACGAGAAGGCCAGCUGUCCUAAAUAAUGAUGGAAAGAAUCACCUCUUAACUGCAUCCUAAAGAAUAAAUAGUAUGUAUCUAAAACCUCAUGUGGUUUGGUUGGUAUGGGUAAGUUAACUCACAUGGAAAGCUUUAUUUUUUUAGUUUAUUUUUUGACUGGAUAACCCUGCAUUUGUUAUGACAGAAACUGUUACUCUCAACCUUUUUUCCCUUACUCAUGUGCCAAUAACCUGCAAUAAUAAAGUAAAAAUCUUAACUACUUAAGGUGUGAAACACUACUUUGAUUCAAAUGUUUACUGUACAGAAAUUUGACAUUUAGUCUUGUGCAUUUAGUAAUGGAAGUGUGAAAUGUCUCUUAAAAUGUGCAUUCUGCGAGGGUUGCCACCUUUGUUUUAGGCAAUCAAGUAUGUAUGUAUGUAUAUAUAUAUA